AUGGCAGCUCCUGUUGACGCUGCGACGAGAAAGAAGGUGUUGAGAGUUGUCUUCAUAUCUCUAUUACUCGAUCUGAUAUCAUUUACAUUCAUCCUUCCUCUCUUCCCAUCUCUACUCGAAUUCUACAGAUCAAAAGAGGCGCCUGUCGAAUUCUCCUCCUCAAAUACAUCCCCCUCGGUCCUCUCGCAUAUCCUCACAUACCUCAAUGCCUACAAGGCCUCCUUUUCGCGCCCCAUCGAUUCCAGAUAUGAUAUUGUACUAUUGGGAGGAGCUUUGGGGAGUCUGUUCUCCCUUCUCCAAGCCUUUGCCUCGCCCAUAAUUGGAAGUCUCUCAGACAAAUACGGGCGCAGGACCGCACUGCUGUUCAGCAUGGCCGGCAAUAUCCUCAGUGUCCUCCUCUGGGUCUGCGCAACCGAUUUCCGAACUUUCCUCCUCUCCCGAGUCGUGGGCGGUCUUUCGGAAGGUAAUGUCCAGCUGGCAAUUGCGAUCGCUACGGAUAUCUCGGAUGAGAAGCAGAGGGGGGCUACAAUGGCUUUGGUGGGCAUCUGCUUCAGCAUAAGCUUUACAUUUGGUCCGGCGUUGGGAGCUUGGUUGAGCACUAUCAGCUCAGUAAAGACUAAUCCGUUUGCGACGGCCGCUGCAUUCUCGCUUUUCCUGAUUGUGACGGAGACUAUUUACUUGUACUAUUGUCUUCCAGAGACGCUGCCAAGCAAGGUAGCUUCAGCGAAGCUCAAUGGGGCUCCUGCAGCGACGAACGGCAUCACCAAACCAACUAAAAAAUCCGCAAAGAAGUCCACGCAGGCUCAAUUGGUGUCCUCGGAGAAAACGACUGUGGGAAGCAAGCCUUUUACAAGAACUAAUUCGCACUUCCUCCUUAACCUUACGCAUUUGACCUUUAUCCUCUUCUUCUCUGGGAUGGAGUUUUCCCUCCCAUUCAUGACCUUCGAUCUGUUUGGCUACACAGCCGCGCUAAACGGCCGACUUCUUGGAUACAUGGGACUCGUGGCAUCUAUUCUCCAAGGCGGUGUCAUCCGACGUCUUCCUCCUCUACUCUCCGUGAAAAUUGGCGUUGUGUCCUGCCUUCUAGCGCUUUUCCUCCUUGCGCGCAUCAACACCGUUGCUGGGCUUUACGCAGCGACUACAUUGUUAGCUAUCACUACCGCCACCGUCGUUACGGGCUUGAACGCCUUGAGUAGUUUCGAAGCCGGCGAAGACGAACGGGGCGGCAAGCUCGGAAACCUACGGAGUUGGGGCCAGCUCGGACGCGGUGUCGGCCCGCUCCUCUUUACCAGCGUAUACUGGUGGGCUGGACGCGAAAUUGCGUAUACCAUUGGCGGUAUGGGUGUGUUGGCCGUGAGCAUGAUUGUAUUCUUUGGGCUGAAGACACCCAAGGGAACGGAGGGGAAGAAGAUCAAGGACGUGAAGAUUGACGAUGCGGUGGAGCUGUAA